UUUAGAGAAAUUAAAGCUUUCACAAUUCAUAGAUGCAAAAUUUAUGUCCAUACAGACUGUCAUUAUCAUCUCUCUCUCCUUCUAUCUCUUUGACUUGCAGAGUCUCCCCAUUCAAGUACUCUUCAAAAAGCUUCAAAAUCCGUUAAUGGCCUUUCGAUUUAUAUGAUUUGAGAGAUGGGUUUUCUUCCUUUCGUAUGAUUUAAUCUUAAAAUUCCAAUUUUUACCACUUUCCACUCUUUCCCCAAGAAAUGGAUCGAAAAAUUCUUCUUUCACCGUACAUAAGGCCGUAUUUUUACACUCAGCCACCACUUCCUCCGCCGCCGCCACCACCGUUUGUUCAAGCCGCCUCUUCCGGUUCAAAUUUCAACGACAAUGUGAGUCCAAGUGUUCUGCUAAUCAUCAUAAUCCUCGCCGUUAUAUUCUUCAUCUCCGGAUUGCUUCAUCUUCUUGUUAGAUUUCUUAUAAAACCAUCAAACAGAGACCCAGAUGAAUUCGACAAUGUGACUGCUCUUCAAGGUCAGUUACAGCAACUCUUCACUCUCCAUGACUCCGGCGUUGACCAAUCGUUCAUCGACACGCUUCCUGUUUUCACUUACAAAUCAAUAAUCGGUGUGAAAAACCCUUUUGAUUGUGCUGUGUGUUUAUGCGAAUUCGAAGGGGAUGAUCAGCUUCGAUUAUUGCCGAAAUGUAGUCAUGCUUUUCAUAUGGAUUGUAUCGAUACGUGGCUUUUAUCUCAUUCCACUUGCCCUCUUUGUAGAAGCAAUUUGCUUUCUGAUUAUGCUCCAAACACUUAUCGUUCGCCAUUUGUUCUUGUUCUUGAAUCUGGAAGUAACGAGAGUUCUCGAGAGAUUGUAGCCGAGCCCACAAUUCAAAGGGCGAGUUCUCGUUUUAGUGUUGAUGAAUCCCAAUCCGAAUCCGACCCUGUUAAUUCGGGUCAAAACGAGGUGAAAGAAGAGGAGAAUAAGGAAAAAGUUGUUACAGUUAAGCUUGGGAAGUUCAAGAAUGUGGAUGGCGGCGGCGGCGGCGGCGGAGGUGGUGUCGGCGGUGGCGAGAAGAGUAACAUUGACGAAAGAAGGUGUUUUUCAAUGGGUUCUUUCGAGUAUGUGAUGGAUGACAAUUCAUCUUUACAAGUUUCCAUUAGAACCCAAGUGAAGAAACUAUCUCACAAAAAGUCAAACCUCCCAAUCACCCCUGGUCACCGGCCGGCGAUCUCUGAAUGCGGCGGCGAUUCAAGACGAGACUUCAAAGAUUUUGAAGCAUUUAGAGGCGGCAGUAUAAUGAAAGAAAGCUUUUCAGUUUCCAAGAUUUGGCUUAGAGGGAAGAAAGAGAAGCCAGAUUCAACACCAUCGGCGGCCAUUGAGCCACCAUCAACCACCACUUUCUCCCUACAGUUUUUGCUCCGGCAAAAUGUCACCGGAGAAGAAGCAAAGGUAUCUGAGAUGGGAUAUGACAGUCAUGAAGUACAGAGUUGUCAUAGUCUUGAUUUACCAACAUCAACAUCAAAUCAACCAUCUUUUGCAAAAAGGAGUUUGCUUUGGUUUAUGGGCAAGAAAAACAAAGUGGUGCAUUCAUCUUCUUCGUCAAUGAAUGUUUGAAAUUUUUUGUCCCAAAUACGUUUUUAUUUUUCUUUUAGAUAAAGUGGAGUGUACUUUGUUAAAGGUUGGGGGAAAUUUGAUUCUUAGGAGUACAAAGGAAUUCAAGAUUGAUCGGAUUAAAGGAACCUUAAGUUAUAAUGUAUGCAUUUUUGUGAUUAGUUACUUUUUGUUAUCAUGCGAAGA